AUGAAAGACAGAGGAUAUAGAAACUGGGCGGAGCUUCCGUCGGACUUGACGUCAUCGAUUCUGCUCCGGCUGAGCGUGAUUGAAAUACUUGAAAACGCUCAGAAAGUGUGCAGAUUGUGGCGUCGCGUCUGUAAAGACCCUUGGAUGUGGCGGAGAAUCGACAUGCGAAACCCGAAAAACUUGGGAGGCAUGAUAGACAUGGAGAUCAUAUGUCGCCACGCAGUUGAUCGCAGCCAGGGCGGUUUGGUUGAGAUCGACAUUGGGUACUUCGGUACUGAUUCUCUCCUCAAUUACAUGGCCGAUAGCUCAAGUAAUCUGAGAAGCCUUAGACUUGUAAAAUGCAAUCUAAUAACAGAGGUUGUGAAACUUCCAUUGCUUGAAGACCUAGAGGUUUCAUUCUGCGAUUUGUCAGGAGAUUCUCUGAGAGUUGUAGGCCAGUCUUGUCCAAAUCUAAAGACAUUGAAGCUAAAUUACAACCUUCGCACCGUAUGUAUAAUUGCCAGAUUUGAUGGAAUUGCAAUAGCAAUAGCAAUUGCAGAAAGCAUGCCUCAACUACGGCACCUUGAGCUUUUAUGGAACAGACUAACCAACACAGGCUUGAACGCCAUUCUUGACAGUUGUCCUCACCUUGAACACCUUUACGAGGGUUACUCUCGAGAAGAGAUGUUCUAA